AUGCCGUCAUCUACAUCAGUACCAGUAGAGCUACCCAAACCGCCGAAACUGGAUCUGGAUAAGUUCGUUGCGACUGCCCUGUCAGCUACGCCAGCGGAACUCCAUCCAUUUUUUGAAUCUUUCGGAAAACUCCACACGAGAAAACUAUGGCACCAGCUGACGCUCAAGCUAUAUGAGUUCUUUGACCACCCGUUGUCACGACCCUUCCGUGUAAAUGUUUUUGAGCAAUUCGUGCGCGACUUUGAGUCCAAACUGAACCAACUCAAACUCGUGGAGAUGGGAACUAAAGUAUCGAAGGAGAUCGACAACCCGCAAAGCCAGCUUCUGUUCCUCAACUCCAUACUUUCACGGAUUGAUGCGGAAACAUCACAGGAGGCAUACGUGCUGCUGCUUGCAAACAUUGCAUAUGCAAAGCUGGUGUACGGCGAUUUAGAGGGUACCAAGACGGAUAUGGAUACUGCCUGGAAAACACUCGAUCGACUGGAAGGAGUCGACACUGCCGUCAAUGCUUCGUAUUACAAAGUUGCCGCUGACUACUACAAGGCCAAAGCAGAAUAUGCACCGUAUUACAAGCAUUCGCUGCUGUAUCUGGCAUGUGUCGAUGUAGCAACUGACCUUACUUCAGAAGAACGUUUGCUGCGCGCACACGACCUUGGCAUUUCGGCAUUUCUCGGCGACACUAUCUAUAAUUUUGGGGAGCUGUUGAUGCACCCAAUACUCGACGCGUUAGACAACACGCAGUAUGAUUGGAUCAAGAAGCUGUUGUUCACAUUUAACGAAGGCAACAUUGGCAAAUUCGAAGCACUGGCACCACUGUUUCCGCAGGAGCCGAUUCUGGAAGAGAACUACCCCUUCCUUCGCCAGAAGAUAUGUUUGAUGGCGCUGAUCGAAUCAGUGUUCAAACGGAACGCAAAUGACCGAACGAUGUCUUUCCAGACUAUCGCCGAGGAGACUCGACUUCCGGUAGACGAAGUGGAACACCUCAUCAUGAAAGCACUGAGCCUCAAGUUGAUUCGAGGUUCCUUGGACCAGGUGGAUCAAAAAGCGCGUAUCACGUGGGUUCAGCCUCGUGUUCUGUCGCGCGCACAAAUAGGCGAGCUCGCGACGCGGCUUGGAGUGUGGAUAGAUAAGUUGGGGAGUGUGGAACAGAGGAUGACUCCACAUGUAUCUGCGGCGGCAUGA